AUCCAUCUUGUCAACGUGACUUGAGUAUAUGUUGCUUACUCAGGUCGUCUUGUGCCGUUGCUCACUGUUGGCCGAGAAUAAAGCUUAGCAUCGUGGAAAAGUGCAGCCUUAAAGAAUGACGAGUUUUCGUGGAGUCGCUGCUGCAUCAGACAUUCGAUUCUCAGACAAGGAGAAGAAGCUCCUGAGGACCCUGAAAUUCCCAAAGGAAUUCGAGUUGAAGGUUGAAUUCAAGAAAAUCAAUUGGGAAGUGAUGAAGGCCUGGAUCGCCAAGAGGGUGACCGAGUUGCUGGGGCUUGAGGAUGAGGUCGUUAUAGGCUACAUCUAUGAACAAUUCGAGAGUGGAGAGGCGGUAGACCCCAGGAUCCUGCAGAUCAACUUGACUGGAUUCCUGGAAAAGAACACAAGCCUGUUUGUGAAGGAGCUGUGGGUGCUUCUGAACAGCGCAAACCAGAACCAAAGCGGCAUCCCCCAGCAGAUUCUGGAUGAGAAGGCGGAGGAGCUCAGGAAGAAGAAGGAAGUGCAGGACGCCAUAAAUGAGAAGCUGGAGAAGGAUAAGGAGAAGCGACGAGCGGAGGCGCGCGAUGCGGAGAAGAGGGAGCGGACCGAGCGAGACAAGCGGAGACGCGAGCGCGAGGACAGGGAGCGUAAGGAGAGGAACAUCCGCAUCGAUCGCGAACGCAAGGAGCGCGCCGACCAAGACGCCGCCCACAAGCGCCGCAUGGAGGAGCGUGAGAAGGAGAGGGAGCGGCUGAGAGACAGAGACAGGCAGCGGGACAGGGAUCGCUUGGACAGGGAUAGAGUUCGGGGCAGAGAGAGGGAUCAUGACAGGCGUGGCAGGGACCGGUCAUCGCCGCCCAAACGCAGCCGGCAUGGGGACACGGAGCAGCGGGAGCAGCGGCCGCAGCGGCCGCAGCGGAGCGUGUCGAGAUCUCCGGCUGUGGAGGACGCGCUUCUGGACGCCAGAACCGGAGAUGGCGUGAAGGCAGCGGAGAGGGCAGAGGGUGGGGAGGCUGCUGUGCAGCCGCAGCAGAUUGAGGCAGGCGACAUGAGCAUGGAAGGACAGGGGUUGGCAGGCAGGGAUGGCGAGGCUCCAAAUGGGGCUCUGGAGGGAGAGAGGAAAAAGGCAAAGAAGGAGAAGAAGGGAAAGAAGGAGAAAAAAGAGAAGAAAGAGAAAAAGGAGAAGAAGGAAAAGAAGGAGAAGAAGGAGAAGAGAGAGCGGGUCAGGGAGGGCAGCGGCGAUGGAGCCCUGUCAGAAGAGGAGGAGAAAAAGGCUUUUGAGGAAGACCUGCGGCAGAAGGCUCUGGAACACAGGGCCAUGGCAUAG